AAGCUUUCUGUUUAAUCUGCACUCGGGGGUAUAUUUUAUACCGGCGAUUAUGCGUAGUACUGUGAUAGGGUUGUUUGCAUCAGACCCAGGCAAAGGCCAGGAAGAAGUCUUGUUGCAUUCUAGACUUGAGGCAUAAUCACCGCGGAGACGCACGCAGAGUCGACGACAGAACGCUAAAUCGGAGCAAUAACAAACGCCGCAAUGAGUCGGAAGAUCUCUGAUGGUUAUUGUUGCGUGGAUUUAUCAAGAAGUAGCGUCCUGCUAUUUACAUAACAAUCCAUUUCCCUUAGAGCCAAAUUUGGGGUGUGGAAUUCUAACUGCGUCAGUCUCAAGAUGGGGUUGGAUCUGACACACGAAUAUUCCGUGGUGGACCAUUCAUACAAACUUCUCAAUGCUGGCAUAUUGGAUAACCCGGUGAUUCAGAAACUUCUCCCAGUGAAAGCAGCGAGAGAAUAUGCUCAACGCAUCAAGUUUGAGGGCAACCAGGCGCCAGCCAUUCCCGUCAAUUGGCGUUUCGCAGAGAGCAUUGCCGCCCUCAAGGCGACCGAGGGGAUCAUGAUGAACGCGUUACUGGAGCAAAAGUACGGCGUCGAGCCUCAAGAAGUGGUGAUCAACAUUGACCACGCCCAGCUGUUUAUGAUUUCCUGUCUCUUGACCACGAUCAAGACCGAGGAUGAACGUGCAGUACGGACAGAAGGUUUUGCAACGACCUCGCUCUUUCCCAGCUGCGAUAUCCACCAUAACACAACGAACGCUUACAGGUGCUGCGCGGGCAACAUAUAUCCCACCAAGGACGGACGUUUCUAUCAUGUCCACUCGAACUUGAACCCUGACAAGCUUCAGGACGCACUUGGUUUGCCUCACGACAUCGGAGUGGGACGUGACGAUUACGACAUCGCCUACAGAAUAUACCAGGACAAAGUCAUUCAGUACACAGCUGCCGAGCUUGAUGAGCUGAGCAACGAAAAGCUUAGGGUGUCGGGCACUGUGGUCUGGAGUGUUGAGGAGUACUUGGCCACUGAACAUGCAAAGGCCAAUGCUGACAGGCUGCUGUGGAAUAUACACGAGGUCCCAAAUUCCAACCAAGAGCCUUGUUGGUGGCCAUCUUCUCCAGAAACAAGCGCCGGUCGACCUCUGGCAGGCUUGAAGGUUGUCGACUUCAGUCGCAUUAUCGCCGCACCCACCCUGACCCGUGGGUUGGCGGAAUAUGGGGCAAGCGUGAUGAGAAUCACUUCACCCCAUCUACCUGACAUGGGUUUCCUGCAUCCUGAUAUGGGAUGGGGAAAGUGGAACACUUCCCUCGAUCUUCGAAGGUCUGAAGAUGUCCAAAAAGCCAAGGACUUGAUUUGUGAAGCAGACGUGGUUGUCUACGGCUACCGUCCUGAAGUGCUUUCCAAGUACGGUCUGGGUGUUGAGGAUGUCCUGGGGAUGUGUCAAUCUCGAAACAGAGGUCUGAUUGUUGCGAGACUAGACUGCUACGGUUGGGUUGGUCCUUGGGCUCGCCGCAGUGGGUGGCAGCAAAUCAGUGACGCUUGCUGCGGUGUCUCUCUCGAAUUCGGUCGAGCGAUGCAUGGGACAGACGAGCCCGUCACCCCCAUUUUUCCCAAUUCUGACCACUGUGCAGGCCUAGCGGGGCAUUUGGGAGUCAUCUCGGCUCUGAUCAAACGAGCAGAGACUGGGGGAAGCUACGUGGUGGACUGUUCGAUCAACGCGUACUCGCACUGGCUUGUGCAGUCCGUGGGCACUUAUCCACAGGAGGUUUGGGAGAAAGUCUGGUCUCGACAUGGACGACCGAAGUUCCGACAUUAUCAUCCCAUGCAAUAUCUGUUUCCCGAGGGGAUCAAAAUGCUCAAGGCCAACACACCACAUCUGUUCAACCCCGAGUUCUUCGAGGACAGAGACGCUACCGUCAUGAGAUGUAAGAUCAACUGUGUCAAGCCAGUGCUCAAAUUUGCCUCUGGAAAAGUGCAUCUCAAGUUCCAGGUUGGUGCCAGAGCUAACGGUAUUGAUUAUCCCAGCUGGCCGUCAGAUCUACUGACUGAGUUAGUCACGCCUUGAUAU